AUGAGAGAAUUAAUAAAUGAAGUUAAUUCACUCUUUACAAUGUAAUUUGCUGAGAAGAAUCUUGAAUUUAGAGUAGACCUAAUGGAUUGUUGUACAGCUACUGUAAUAUCUGACUAUAGUAAACUAAUGCAAAUAUUGGUGAAUUUACUACAAAACUCCAUCAAAUUCUCAACUGAAGGAUUGAUUGUCUUGAAAAUCUAAUCUCAUACGAAAGACAUCCUGAAGUUUACUGUGACUGAUAUGGGAUAGGGGGUUUCAUCUCUGAACAUAACCUAGAUAUAAUCAUAUUUAAACAAUCUGAAGAAUCACAAGGAGAUCCAAUUAAAUAAAUCUUGGCAGGGAUUUGGAUUAUUGAUUUCAGCAAUGCUAGUAUCUAAAUUGGGACCCUCUGAUAGAAGUACAAUUAAGUUUGAAUCCGAUGGAAUUAACAUGGGUUCAAAGGUAUCUUUUUUUAUUAGGAAUUUAUUACCGAAGUUUAACAGUGUUAAAUAGCCUACAAUUAGGUAAAACACAUAAAGAUUUCAAAGUUCUGUUCAUUUAACUACCUCACUUAAUAAUUUAAAUGGUACAAUUAUUUAGACAACGGAUUAAGGUUUGAAGAGUCUUCCAAAAAAAUAAAAAACUAAACUUUGUUCAUAGAAAUCAAAUGACAAUUCCAUGUUUAGUGAAAGUGUUGUUUAUGACUCAUUAGAUUAAAAAUUUGGUUUGUUAAGUCCUGUAUAGCCUUCUUUAAUUACUGACAUCGUUUGUAGUUCCCCUUAAAAAGUCAUAAUUGAAAAAAGACAUUUCAGCAGGAAUGAAAAUUCAUCAUAAAGAUCUAACAAUUCCAAAAUACUUAGCAUUCAGUUUAUCAAGUAGGCAGAAGAACAGGAGGAUGAAGAACUGUUAUAAACGUAUAAGAGAAGAAAGAAAUGUCAGUGUCAACGAAUUAUGUCUGUUGAUGAUGAAAUAUUCAAUCAAAAGUCGAUUUAGAUGCUCUUGUGUAAAUUGGGAUUUGAAGCAUUCAAUGGACAAUAAGCAUGUGUAGAUAUUUUGAACAUAAAGAAAUGUAGUAAGAAGUGUUCAUUAUUAACUCUCAUCUUGAUGGAUUAUUAGAUGCCUAUUCUAAAUGGUUGUCAAGCAACAGAGAAAUUAAUUAAAAUGAUGAAUGACAACAUACUACCCAGAAUUCAUAUUGUUGGUUUAACUGCUUUUACUAACUCGAAUGAUAUUGAAAAUUGCUUAAAAGCAGGAAUGAGCGAUGUGCUACAUAAACCACUUAAUCUAAAGGAAUUUAAAGAAAUUCUCACUUUAAUUUGA